AUGAACGAAAACGUCAUGAAAGACUCAGAAAAGUCAAUCGAAGGGCUCCGUCACUCAAUUCAAACUCUCUUAUCAUCCUUUGAGAUGCCCCCCGAGGAACAACCAUUGAGCCUCAUCUUCCACUCGAGCAAUGAGACACCAAUGGUCCAGAUCCACGAUAGCAAGUGGCUCGUUGAAUUCAAAGAGGUCCUCAAGUCGGAUGACCAGAUUGUUCAUGAAUCACAGGUGCCCCUGGAAUCGGCCGUUCUUGCAUUGUAUCACUGGGCCAGUCGAAAUUCGGGGCCUUUCGAGGAACACGAGCGCAUCAUUGAAAUGCUCGAUGAGCUGCGGGAAAGAUUGAUGUACUGCGCCAUCCUAGCUCGAAUUGAUGGCGACGAGGAACGAUACUUCGAGCUUUUCCCAACGGCAUGUCUCGGAGAAGGAAUUGUUCUCCCAGCGAAGUUGAUCGACGAGAUGAUUAUUCAACCAGCGAUGCUUCGCGGAGAGAUCGUUUUUUCCCCAGCUCCAACUGGCAAGGUCCAUGGUCAUCUCUGUGAAUGGCAUACGCGGGAACGGAGGUGCGUGGUCAGCUACAACGGUCACAUGUUGAAAUUGGACGGGAAGCUGCUGAAAGAUGGACCAUUGGUACUAUGUGGAGAAACGGGCAAACUCCAUCAACGGCUCCUUCGUCGCUAUUUUGCUCAGCACAAUUGA